UGUUGAGCGUUCGUAAAGUCAUCAGUUAUUCUGCUCUCACGCACACUCAGACAAGAGUGCUCUGAAAUCGGAGAAGAUAGCCAGAGUGAUUUUACGAACGCAACCUAUGUAUCAUUCAUGCUCUUCACUCUCUGAGCCAUUGCCCGUAUUAUACGUGAAGCUCUGUGCACGUGGAUUGGAGUUACUAUGGUAACAACAAGUAGCUAACAUUAGUGUUUAUGUAUCCACGGCUAGUUACUAGCCAACAAUCCUGCCUCCUAUCUACAAUGGCUGAAAUGUCUGCUAUGACUAGAAAAUGUAUUCAGAAUCUCGCUGAAACUCUUUCUAAACACGUCAAACACUGUAAGUUUGAGUUUUGAUAGCUAACGUUAGUUGUCAGAGUCUACGUUGCGUCCUGAGAUAGCUAUGUUACAGUAACGUUUCGCAGAACUUCUAAAAAUAAAAGCUAGCUAGCCAACUAACGGUUACCUGGUUUCUACUUCUCUGCAUUUAUCUAGCUACAGUAGCUAUAUAUCUAAUAACAAAACGUGCAAACAAAAGAAAAGUUAAUAGCUAGCUAUUGUUGUCUAGCUCCUCCAACCAAAACUCACCUUCCAUUGAACGUGUUGGCACCACUGUUUACGUGACAGAUGGGGGCGCUAUAAUCUUGCUUUGUUGAGAUCAUGUCAAAGUAUGUCCUGUGUUGAUGCAAAUUAAUAAAAGCAUAUAUCAGUCUAUGUAAAUUGAAAUGAUGCAUAUGGAAGCAGUACUAACUAAACAGAAACGGAGUGUCUGAUCCGACUAUUCAAUGGACUCCUGGGGGAUCAGAGUGACAGGAGGGUAGGGAAUGACCUGGACAGUGGGAAAUUCAGGAAUAUUCUGCACAACACCUUUGGAAUGACUGAUGAUAUGAUCAUGGAUAGAGGUAGGUGUGUCUCUUUUGUCACAUAAAACAGAAUGUAAGCAUCAAAUAAAGUAUGAUACUGAUGUGGUAAGGUAUCACAAAAAAAAUGGUAUUAUAUUCCAGUCUUUUGCGCAUUUGACAAGGACAACGACAGCUACGUCAGUGUGAAAGAGUGGAUCGAGGGACUAUCAGUCUUUCUCCAUGGGACAUUGGAUGAAAAAAUAAAGUUUAAGAAAGCUAUAAAGUGUAUCAUGUAGGCUUUUUGACUGUUAUCUACAAUAUUACUACCCAUGUAUUGACUCUGCCCCCCAUUUGGUUUUCACAGCUUUGAUGUGUAUGACUUGGGUACAUUUCCCGGGAAUAGAUGUUCCACAUGCUGAAGAACAGCCUGAUCAGACAGCCCACAGAGGAGGACCCAGACGAGGGCAUCAAAGACCUGGUGGUGAUCACGCUCAAGAAGAUGGAUCAUGACAGCAGACUGUCCUAUGCAGACUUUGAAAAGGCAGUGAGAGAUGAGAAUCUAUUGCUUGAGGCUUUUGGAACCUGCCUUCACGAUGCCAAGAGCAUAUUGGCAUUUGAGCAGCAUGCAUUCCAGGAUCCACUUGAGCGUUAAGGACAUCACUAAGUUAUUCAUAACACCAUUUUUUAUUUUUU